AUGGGACUCAAUGGGAACAUUCCACCAGAAAUCGGAAAUCUUUCUUUUCUUGUUUCUCUGGAUUUGAGUUGGAACCGUCUUCAUGGUGGCCUACUAAAGGACAUUUGCAUCCAUAACAAACUUCCAAGACUCGAAGAACUUCAGCUAACUUUCAAUCAUUUGGAGGGAGAGAUACCAGUGACCUUGGGUGAAUGUCAACAACUCGAGAUUCUUGACUUGUCAUACAACAAGUUUGGUGGACAUGUGCCUCAAGAAAUCGGUAACAUCACACACCUUACAAAAUUAGACCUUCAUUGGAACAAUCUAUCAGGUACUAUUCCGAAAGAGAUUGGCCAUCUUAGUAAUCUAGAGUUUAUGGAUUUAGGGUCCAACAAACUUAGCGGAUCCAUCCCAAAAGAAGUGGGGAACAUGACGGCUCUAAUCCGCUUAUGGCUUGACAGUAAUAGUUUAAGUGGUAAUAUUCCUAGAGAGAUUGGUGGUCUUAAUAAAUUGGAGAUGAUGUGGUCGGAUGAUAACAAACUUAGCGGAUCAAUCCCAUGA